AUGUCAGCCACUCCAACCAUGCAGACCAAUUGGGCCGACGUCAGCACCCUUGACCUUGACACCGAAAAUAUGCUUAACAACUUUCUCGCCGACUCGGCCAACCCUCAUACACGCGACGGCGCCAUCAACGCCGCGAUCCAAUCAAAUAACAACUUUGCUGGCGCUUGGCCAGGUCAUGAUCAGCGUUCUCUCAGCGCCAGCGCCCCCUUCUUUGGCCUCUCGCCUUCCACAGUCAUGGGCGUCUCGCCUGAUCUAGCUGGCUUCUACCACGAUCAAGCUGACCUAAGCAAGCCCUCGAAUAGCUGGUCGCUCCCCUCUGACUACGCACCCAACGUGCCCACUCCUACCUCGACUCUCUCGAGCAUGUAUUGCUCACUCUCGGAUGCCAUGCCACCUAGCCUUUCCAACGAUGGCUCUUACACUGCCUCGGAUGCUCAGAGCAUCCAGUGCGAUAUGGUUCACCCUCUCAGCACCAUCCCUCCCAGCAGCGUGCCUUUCGACGACAUGCUCGAGUUCAACGACCAAAAGGUGAUUGGCUCUACACCGCACUUGAGCCCCGCCAGCCUCAUGUCCCGACCUUCGCCUUGUGUUGCCAACAAUACUCUCGAUGGCUAUCACAGCAACAUCGCUUCCGACCACGCUCAUCAUCUUGCUGACCUCGUAAAGACCAGCACCAUCCUCAACGCUGGUCACCCAGGCCCACGAUCCAUGGCCACCAGCUUGAGCCGAUCCGUCCUCAAUGUCGAAUCUGUCGGCCGCCCCGACGCCUCGCUCAACGCUCAAAUCAAGGGUCUCACCAUUCAGCAGCGACGUCGUUUGAACUACAUGAACCGCUCUUCCACCGGAGCCCAUGCCGCUGUUAAUGACAGUCACAUCACUCCUACUGCUCAACCGGAAGUAAAUGGUCGUCUUCGUCAGAACUCGGCCCCCGAUCCGAUCUUGCCACCUCUUGGCUCAUCACCAGAGAUGCCCAACACUCCUCUUCAGAGGCAGCGCCGACCACACCGUGGCUCCAUCAGCAGCACCACCGAUACGCCUUUGUCUCAGUGCGCGAGUCUGUCCGCAGUUGCUGACGAUGCCAUUUGUUGGAGUGACGCCAUCGUCAACAAUUCGCAUGACCUUGUCUUUGUGCUUUCGCUCAAGGGCACUGUGCUGUACAUGUCGCCUUCGGUGCAGCGCAUCUUAGGCUUCCACCCGGAAGAGAUCAUUGGCCGUCCUCUCGUCGACUUUAGUCACCCAGCUGACAUCGGUCCUUUCUCGCGCGAGCUCAAGGAAGCCAUCACUUUACCCAAUGGUGACGAUGAAGGCUCGGAUGCCGAGAACACCACCGCAGUCAAGGUCAACCGUCGUGUCGAUCUGAUUAUGCGCAUGGCUUGCAAGGAUGGUACCUUCAGUCUCAUCGCCAUUACCGGACGUGUUUCCGUUGACCCUCCCAAGCACCGCAAGGUGGUUGUGUGCUCUGGUCGUCCUCACUCUGUACCCAUGCUUCCGUGGAACGAUGUUCGACAGGACUUUUUGACAUCAGAGUUGUCGGCAUGGUUGAAGAUCUCGCACAACGGUAUCUUCCUCGGUGCAACGGGUCCCAUUCAGCAGAUCCUCGGUAUCGAAGACAUCAACCUCCUUGGUCGUCAUGUGCGCGAUUUGCCUAUGGUCACUAGCUCUUCCGAUCUACUCGACGCUUUGCGCUCUGGCCGAUGCAUCUCGGUACAAGACCACUAUGAAGCACCCAACUCGGCUCAGAAGAAACCCGUCAGACUCACCGUCUACCCAUGGACAUCCAACGGUCGAUCCAAUGCUGUUUCUUUCGUUCACGUUCAACAGCAAGCUGUCAGCGCCCUUGCCGAGCAGGGAAGUGCUGCGCAACCACCAACCCUAGCGAAGAGGAAAAUGUCGGAUCGCGAACAGCAAGGGUCCCAAGAAGGUUCCGGGUCCUUGUCGGGCUCCGCGAUGCAGGCUAAUGGUACGAGUCUGCCGAUUAUGACGGCUGGUGAUGCUGCCAAUACGGUAUUUAGCGAAUUGACUGGUUUCUACUGUGGAAGUUGGUUGAUCGAGAUGCAGAAGUUGCAUAACGCGAAUAGACGAUUAAGACACGAGUUGACAGCGUUGAGGAAAAGGUCUGCUCCAACAGCUACUGCUACCGCCGCUGCUUGCUAA